AUGAAGAGAUCUUUACCGAAAGUCGUGUUGGUGCACAUCCUGCGGCGGCUCCCGCCGAGCGCCCAGUGCCGUGCAAGCCUCGUGUGCAGGCUCUGGCGCAAAAUCAUCGGCGAAGUGACGAAGGAGAUGCAGAUCCCCGCCAAGCUCCUCCUCUGGAACACACGCUCCGCCGUCGCCUACGUGGUGGACGACCUCUCGCCAUCUUCAACGGGGAGCCGCCGGGAGCUAUGGCGGGGUGGUACCAACCAGCAGCUGGUCGGCACGUCCAACGGUCUGCUUUGCCUGUGCGACAACAGCUGCGGGAGCCGGCCGGGCGGCGAUGUCACCCUGGUGAACCCCGCGACCAGGGAGACUCUGGCCAUCCCGCCGCUGCCGCACGCCGGAGAGCUCGUCGGGCACCACCGGGAGGCCACGAGGUGGGACAAGGCGUACAGCUUUGCGUGCCACCCGAGGUCCAGGCGGUAUAAGGUGGUGCACGUUCCGUGCAGCUUCGACUGGGUCUGCAAGUUCGACGCCGUGUACGUGCUGACGCUGGGGAAGGAGGCAUCCUGGCAGAAGGUGCCGGCAGGUCCAGGCACGAGCUGCAACCUCGACGCCGGCAUCGUGAGCGUCGACGGCGUGACACACUGGGUCACGGUCACGGAUGAUGGUGCCACCGCCAGGAUCGUUUCCUUCGACCUCGACAGCGAGCUCAUCACCUUCUCCCCCACACCCCGGAAGCUUGGUCUGUCGGAUGACUACAACCUGGCGGAGGUGAGCGGUAGGCUGGGAGUCGUCGGGCGCAAACCCUCGGGGACGAGGGACGCUUGGGUUCGGGAGAAGGGCAGGUGGAUCCACCGGUUCAGCGUCAAGUCUUGGUGUCAGGACAUCCCUCGCCCCAACUUUGCUUUCGGCGACUACUUGCUGAAGCGCGAGGGGACUAAGUUGUACGGGCACAGGACAUUCGAUUGGACAUGGCGCGAUGUGUUGAAGGUUGGUUACCACCAUCAAGGGACGCUGGUCGCCAAGCUCACCGGUGACAGUACCUGCUACUUCUACGACUGCUACCACACGUUUGCAUACGUCUCGACGUUGGAGCCACUGAAUAUUUAUUCCACCAAGUCUAGUUAA